AUGUCUGGCCGUGGCAAAGGAGGCAAGGGCUUGGGCAAGGGCGGCGCUAAACGCCACCGUAAGGUGCUCAGGGACAACAUUCAGGGCAUCACGAAGCCGGCGAUCCGCCGUCUGGCCCGUAGGGGCGGCGUCAAGCGUAUCAGCGGACUCAUCUACGAGGAGACUCGCGGCGUGUUGAAGAUAUUCCUGGAGAAUGUGAUCCGUGAUGCGGUCACCUACACCGAGCAUGCUCGCCGGAAAACUGUGACGGCCAUGGAUGUUGUCUAUGCUUUGAAGAGGCAGGGGCGUACCUUGUAUGGUUUUGGGGGUUGA